CAAGAAACCAGUGGAGCCAGAAGUGGAUCUUGCUACACGUACAAAGAAUAGCAUCAGACAUAAUACGUGUAGUGUUCUGAGCCUCCCUCACCAUCCCCCCUCCUCCUAAGUUAACAUGUCCUCUGGACCGACAAUCGAACAAACCGAAGUUGUCGGUACGGUGUUGCCCAUGGCUGCGACAGUGGUCACUUCAUUCCGUUUAUUCGUCCGGACACGACAACGCCGUCUCUGGUUCGACGAUGCAUGGGUUGCGCUUGCAAUGGUAUUCAAUAUUAUUUGGAUGGUAGCAGGCUGGUUGUAUCUGGAUGACUACGCUCGAUUUCUUCAAAAUACGAGGGUGGCGUUGUAUUAUAUAAACGCACAGUUCUCCUAUGCAGUCGUUUGGUCGUCUAGGAUCUCCAUUCUAUACAUGGUCGUGCGACUGACUUUCCCUGGCGCGUUCAGGAGAACGCUGGUGCUCACCGCUAUUGUGUUUAUGGUUACAUGGAUGAUCCUUGGCGCGCAAAUCUUGUGGACCUGUGAAGCAGAAAGUGGCUGGAAAACGCAACCACGUCCUCAGUGUGAUAUAGGUAGGAACGUUGUCAUUGCGCAGGUAAUUACUGACGUGCUCAGUGACACGAUCUUAAUACUGGCACCAUUCCGUCUUAUAUACAACAUCAAGCUCACCAAGGCUCAGAAGACCCGACUUCUAUCUAUUUUUUCGACGUCUGUUGUUACCACUGUCGUCAGCCUCAGCCACGCAUAUUACGCGCUUAUUGAUGGUGGGCUGAAAGCAAUUAUGGCUGCUACUGUUGAGGUAUCAAUUAGCUUGAUCGUGGCGAACUUGAGCGUAGUUGUCGCUUUCUUCUUCCGCAUCAGCACUGAAGAAACUUCAACCCCUGUUCUGCCGGAGCUCAAGUCCAUAGUCACCAUCGGCUCACAGCCGAUUCGGAAAAGACCACAGGUCGAUCCUCUCUCAUCGUCAACGAUGGUGGUUACGAUUGAGACCACAACAAUACAACUAGAUGAUUUCAGCACAUCUCCCAAGCGAGCAGCUGGAAAAGACGGCAAUGAUGCCGAAGUUGAUUCCCUUCGAACGCUUGCCAAGUCAGGUCCAUUCUAUGACGGACGUGUUUGAUAUACCGUCAUCUACAUUAUCCCUAUGGUACUUAUCAUUCUCUUUUCUGUUACUACUUGAACGAUAUUCCCGGUCCUAAGU